UAUUAAUAUCAUUCACAUUUAUCCUCAUGAUAGAUCGAUCUUUUGCUCUCAUUUUUUUUAAGGAGUAACUCCUCUUGAUGUCAAAACAUCUUUGGUCACCAGUCCUUGAAUGGCAUUUCUCCACAGCUAGCUCAUGUAAUGUCGUUUAUCCUCUAUGAGUGAAGCUACUAACCAGCGCUGAAAGUAACUCAUUAAAGUAGUAAAUAGUGGUAAUUGAAAGCUACAUCAGACAGGGUCAGCCAUGAGGACGCUCGCAGCUCUGUUUACAGCUUCACCUCUCAGGUGUGCCAGACACAGGUAUUAUUGUAAACAGGCUAACAACGCAGUCCCUUCCAGACAGAAGAUAUCUGCUCCUGACAGCUUCAGGGAGCAGGUAGCUGCUGGUCCGGGCUUUAAGGACUUCAUUAAAGGGGCUUCAGUGAGCAGGUCUUGGGCUGAAGACUCAGACAGUCCUGGUUAUCUGGAUGAAGACCUGGACAUGGGAAACUCCAGGAAAGUCUAUUUUGAAACAUAUGGAUGUCAAAUGAAUGUCAAUGACACCGACAUCGCCUGGUCCAUACUUCAGAAAAGGGGAUAUCUACGCGCGGGGAGCCUGGAUGAGGCAGAUGUUGUUCUCCUGGUGACCUGCUCCAUAAGAGAGAAGGCUGAACAAACAAUUUGGAACAGACUGCAACAACUAACAGCCAUGAAGAAGAAGCGAUUAAAGACCCGCUCGCCAAUGAAAAUAGGAAUAUUAGGUUGCAUGGCGGAGAGGCUGAAAACAGAGCUUCUGGAGCGGGAGAAGCUGGUGGAUGUUCUGGCCGGUCCAGAUGCUUACCGGGAUCUUCCCCGCCUUUUAACCACAGCUGAGGGAGGACAGCAAGCCAGCAAUGUGCUGCUGUCUCUAGAGGAGACCUACGCCGACAUCAUACCCGUUCACCAUGAUACUCAGGGACGCAGUGCUUUUGUGUCCAUCAUGCGAGGUUGUGACAACAUGUGUAGUUACUGUAUCGUUCCCUUCACCAGAGGGAGAGAGAGGAGUAGACCCGUCAGCUCCAUCCUCCAGGAAGUUUCCGCGCUCUCCGACCAGGGUGUGAAGGAGGUGACGUUGCUGGGUCAGAAUGUAAACAGCUACCGGGACACAUCAGAACAACAGUUCGGUGGUUCGGAUCUAACCAAGCUCAGCCGGGGCUUUAAGACGCUCUACAGAUCCAAACAGGGAGGGCUACGCUUCUCCGACCUGCUGGACCAAGUAUCGCGCGUUGAUCCCGACAUGAGGAUCAGAUUCACUUCCCCUCAUCCGAAGGAUUUCCCAGAUGAGGUUUUGCAGCUCAUUGCUGAGCGAGGAAACAUUUGUAAGCAGAUCCACCUGCCGGCCCAGAGCGGAAGCAGCCGGGUCCUGAAAGCAAUGCGGCGUGGUUACACCAGAGAGGCCUACCUUGAUCUUGUGAAGAACGUUCAGAGAAUCAUCCCAGACGUUAGUCUCAGCAGUGACUUCAUCUCAGGCUUCUGUGGUGAAACGGAGGACGACCAUCAGCAAACGCUGUCGCUGAUCAGAGAGGUGGGCUACAACGUGGGCUUCCUAUUUGCUUACAGUAUGCGAGAGAAAACACACGCUUUCCAUCGACUGCAAGACGAUGUUCCAGCGGAGGUGAAGCGGCGGAGGCUGGAAGAGUGCAUCGCCGUGUUCAGAGAGGAGGCUUCCAAGGUCAACGCCGCUCUGGUCGGCAGCAUGCAGCUUGUUCUGGUGGAGGGGGAAAGUAAACGAUCUGCUGCAGAUCUGUGUGGCAGAACCGACGGCAAUACGAAAGUGAUUUUCCCCAAAGAGGAUGCAGCCGUCCAACCCGCUGACUCCGGUGCUGCAGCGAUCAACGCUGGAGACUACGUGCUGGUGGAGAUCCUGUCAGCGAACUCGCAGAGUUUGAGAGGUCGAGCCCUAGGUCACAGCAGGCUGAGAGGAUCGGUGAUGUCCCAUGGAACCUCCAGGAGCCGGCGUGAUGGACGCAGGCCCUCAGACGGCCUCCAGUGACACCACAUGGCAGAUUUCUGUGUGUAUGUUGCUACAGAAGUUACUCAAAUCCUGUGUUGAUGAGCUAAAAGUGUAGAAUGUAUUAAAGAAAUAUAAGCUUGGCUGCUCUUUUUUUUUCUUCAAAGAUUGCGAUGUUUGAUUGAUGUAAUUUCAUAUUUUUGGAUUCUUUUGGAGUCUGUAAAUUGUCGCGUCACUCCAUAAAGUCAGACAUUUUGAGAGGAUUUAACCA